UCUGCUUGAAUAAGUGUGCAUUUUGACAGCUGCACGGUUAUUUAGAUUUGCUGAACAUGAUUUUAACUAUAGUUUUAAACUUUUACGUCUGUUUAUCUCUGCUUCCGUGCACUCCCGAGUUUUAAGUCCAACGGUUAAUGGCUUUCAAUUUAUCGUGAGUACUUUUCCAGCUGUUGUGCAUAUAUUUAGCUAAACCGGCCAGCAUCGAUCCUCACGACGGCGGCGUGUAAUAAGAAUAUCACGACAGAGGAAGCAAACCGCGCUGAUGCCCUACGGAUAAGCGUCCGUUUGCGGUCAUCUAACCCCGCAGCUACCAACGGUGACUAACUGUUCGAUCUCCUCAGUCUGGUGGGCACGACGGGGCAGUUUGCUAGAAGUUUUACGGAUUGUUGACAAAAUUUGGAGUUUUGACAAGCUAGACGUAACUCAAAUUUGAGUGCACAUCAGGGGGGCUCUUUGACAAAUAUGCAGCCAUCGUUUGACGUGUAGCUUUGGCACAUACACCCACUCUAACGUUAGGGGGGCUGCGGCCGAGAAUCGGGCAUCGCCAGUGCCAGUUAAGACGCUUAAGCAAAGACACGCACCUUAAAAAUUUAAUUUUUUGUGUUGCUCACUCACACCAAUAUCAUUCGCGCUUGCAAGCACGCACACUGCCUCAAUUAUCGUAACGCGCAAACUGUCAAAUAUGUUUGUUUGCUUUUGUCAAAGGUUUUAAAAUAGUUUGUUGCCUGCGCGUUUUUUUGUUUUUCGUGAAAAUGAAGGUUUUGUUUAUUUCCCUUUGCAGCUUCCUCCUCCGCCACCUCUUCCAAGCGGCGCACCGCUGGCAUCCCCGAAGACCCAAACGGCCACCGUGGCCCUGGCCAAACCAAGGAGGAAGAAUGGUUCGUCCUCCAGGGCACGGUCAUCAAGGAGGAUCCAGCGCGGAUGGCUGCCAAAGGAGGAUGAGAAGCAGAGGACUGAUUGCUGCACCGACAACAGUGGCGCUAUAUCCGGAUCGCACUUCCGCAAAUGGUUCUGCCGUGGUGCGAAUUCGCACAAACGGUCAAGCGAGUGAACUUUCUCCCUUCGGCAACAGUCGCUUCCCCAGCAGCAGAACAAACGUCCAGUACGGUGUUCAAGUGCCUGGUCGACACAGUGGCCCAAAACCAUUCCAGCAACUAUCUGCUGACCCAGCUGCUCAACAAGAACCAGCAGAGCGAGAUCUUGCGCCGCAUGAAGAACGCCGAGGCCGACACAAACCAACUGCAACAGCAGCUGGCAAGUCAACAGCCGCGCAUUCCGAUCCCGCAAGAGCUGCAGUUCCCCAUCCAGAAAACACACAGAACGUGCUGCUGCUAGACCAGCGCGGGAUGCUGUAUGAGUAGGCCGUCGAACCGACCGCUGCCAAUUUAUCCAGUCCUUUCGUCGGGGCAGUUCCAAACGACCUCCGGAGCAAACAAAUUUACCACGCCGUCGGCUGCUAACCCAAUGUUCCCCGGCGGAUCAACCGCAGCCGAGCUGUCGCUGCAGCAGAGGAUGCAUCUCUAGCAACCCCUGGGACGUCAUGCCGCCGGAGCCGGCCGUGGUCCGUCACCUGGAACCUCUAUUGACCAGCUUAGAGUGCUGCGCAUUUGUUCCUUCAUUUUCCGAGAGAGAAUCAACUUCUUGCAGGAAAGCAGUUUUUCUUGUUCUGUUCAAAUUUCUGAAUUGUUAAUUUCCCCCCCCAAAACAUACAUUAAUAUUAUUCUCUAUAAAAUUCAAAAACACAAUUGUUCAAACAUAAAAAAUAAAAUUGCAAAAAACACAAAUACAAUGAAACAAAACCACAAAAAUACUAAACAAUAAUAAUAAUACUGAUAUUCUAAGCCACAAAAACAAUGACACAAAAAUAAAAAAAUUAAAAAAAAAUAUAAACACCAAAAUAGAAAAAUUAUAGCAUUCUACAAGCCGAUGUA